AGCUGCAGGACGGUGUCGUGUUGGCGGUGCGUCAGGAGUACGUCGCCAUCGGCAACCAGGUGGUGACUCUGGGAGACGGAGACGAAAUCGCCGUGGUGCCGCCGCUCAGCGGAGGAUAAGAGGCUUGAGAGAGACGAUGUCAGAUGGGCCGAGAGACAUCUUCAAGCUGAGCCGUGAUUGGCUGUCUGUGCAGGAAGUGAUCGACGCUGUCAGCAGCCCUUCCUGUGGUGCCAUUUCAGUAUUUAUAGGUACGACCCGCGAGGACGAGGCGGAUGGCAAGAAGGUGGUUGGUCUGGAGUACGAGGCCUAUGAGCCCAUGGCCCAAUCAGAGUUCACCAAGCUGUGUGCUGACAUCAGAGCGCGUUGGCCAAGCGUGACGCACAUCUGUGUCCACCACAGGCUCGGGUGGGUGAAGGUGGGUGAGGCCAGUGUUGUCAUGGCGAUCUCAUCCCCUCACCGCCAUGACAGCCAGCAGGCGAUCCAGAACUGCAUCAGCCAGCUGAAGGCUAACGUCCCCAUCUGGAAGAAGGAAGUUUACAACACGCAGGAGGCGAGCUGGAAGGAGAACGCUGAGUGUUCGUGGUCCAUUCAGAAGAAAACUGCAGCAGACACGCCGCCCGAGGAAAACCCAAAUGAAAAAACAUGAUGUUUGUGCAUCAUCGAGGUUUUUAGAGUUCGAGUUCAGAGCUUUGUUUAAAACACGAUGAGGGUCACGUUGAUUUUUUUCUUAAGACACUAAUUGUACAAAUUAGGGCUGCAUAAAACGAUUAUUUUAGUAAUCGAGUAUUCUAUUGAUUAUUCCAUCGAUUAAUCGAGUAAUCGC